ACGGAAGUGUCGAAAACAGGCACUGUCAUCUUCUUUGUUUGUUUUUAGUUUAUUUGGUCAAAACUCUCUUCCUGUUUAGCUUGUUCUUCUUGUUCUCUGCAAUCUCUGAAACUUCUGAACGAUUGGUGAAGAUGGACCUUUUGUUGGAGGGAAAUGGAAUAAUGGGUUUGUUGAUGGAUCUAUUCCCUGUCCUGAUUAAUUUUCCGAAGUUGAAUGUGAUGAUGGUAUUGUUGAGAACGCUGCUGUGAUUCUGAUGCUUAUAAGCCAACAUGCUUCACAACAACUAAUUCAUGAGGCAGGGUGUUCUGCAAUGGAUUUCAAACAAGAAGAGAGUAAGACGGUAACCAUGGACUCUACCAGUCAGGGGAUCGAGGGUUCAUCUGUUAAGAUAAAGGUGUUGCUCUUUGCCAGGGCUCGUGGUCUAACUGGCUUGAGUGAUAUGCCACUGGAGGUGUCCUCUGGUAGUACUGCCCUUGAUUGUUUAGAUAAGCUCAUUGCCAUGUUUCCAAGCUUGACAGAGAUCCGCGGAUGCAUGGUGCUUGCUCUUAAUGAGGCGUACACAGCUGAUUCUGCAGUCGUUAAAGACAAGGAUGAGUUGGCCAUAAUACCUCCGAUAAGUGGUGGCUGAAGGCAUCUCAUAUAACCAACAACUGCAAGGAGGUCCAUAUAUUCUAAACCUUGAAUAGUUAUAGAAGGUUGUUCAUAGUUAUCGUUGAGCUCAUACGCGUGCAAGUACAUCUACGAAGCCAAGUCUUGGAUAUCUUUUUUGAUAGGUGAAACCUCGAGUACCAACAAUCGUUAUUGUCGACAUUUGGUAGUUAAUAAAGGAGGAGAACAUAAGCACAUAAUUUUAGCUUCUUGGGAAAUGUAUGAUGUUGUGGUAUGUGUACAAAACAGUAGUACCAACAAAAUUAUCUGCCCCUUUUUUUGGAAA